AUGCCUGAGGGCCCUGAGCUGCAUCUGGCCAGCCACUUUGUGAACGACGCUUGCAGGGAGCUGGUGUUUGGUGGGUGUGUGGAGAAGUCACCCGUCAGCCGCAACCCUGAGGUGCCCUUUGAGAGCAGUGCCUACAGCAUCUCGGCGUUGGCCCGCGGCAAGGAGCUGCGCCUGACCCUGAGCCCUCUGCCUGGGGCCCAGCCCCCACGGGAGCCACUGGCCCUUGUCUUCCGCUUUGGCAUGACUGGCUCCUUCCAGCUGGUGCCCAGCGAUGCGCUGCCACCCCACGCCCACCUGCGCUUUUACACAGCUCCACCUGGCCCCCGACUUGCCCUCUGCUUUGUGGACAUCCGCCGAUUCGGCCGCUGGGAACUCGGGGGCGAGUGGCAGCCAGGCCGCGGGCCGUGUGUCUUGCUGGAGUACGAGCAGUUCAGGGAGAAUGUGUUACGAAACCUAGCAGACAAGGCCUUUGACCGGCCCAUCUGUGAGGCCCUGCUGGACCAGAGGUUCUUUAACGGCAUUGGCAACUAUCUGCGGGCGGAGAUCCUGUACCGGCUGAGGAUCCCCCCCUUCGAGAAGGCCCACACAGUUCUGGAGGCCCUGCAGCAGCGCAGGCCGAGCCCGGAGCUGACCCUGAGCCAGAAGAUCAGGGCCAAGCUGCAGAACCCCGACCUGUUGGAGCUGUGCCAUUCAGUGCCCAAAGAAGUGGUCCAGCUGGGGGGCAAAGGCUACGGGCCGGAGAGCGGGGAGGAGGACUUUGCUACCUUCCGAGCCUGGCUGCGGUGUUACAGCGCACCAGGCAUGAGCUCCCUGCAGGACCGGCAUGGCCGCACCAUCUGGUUCCAGGGGGAUCCUGGACCCCUGGCACCCAAAGGGGGCAAGUCCCGCAAGAAGAAGUCAUCCCAGGGAGCACAGCAGGGUCCUGAGGACGGAGCGGAGGACCCUCCAUCUCCAAACAAGGCCCCUUCAAGGACACGAAGGGCACAGAGAGGCCUUCCUAAACAGACUACAGCCCAGCUGCCCGAGGGGACCAGCCUCCACCAGGACCCAGAAGCGCCCCCAGUCCCUGACACAGGGAAGAGGCGGCGGCGACCAGCACCCUCAGGCCGCCGCAGAACCCGAAAGACCAAGGCUGACACCCCAUCCCUGGAGCCUGAGGGGACCUCAGCCUCCUAG